AUGACCGAUUCUGCGCUUGAUGCCUCGCUGGCAAAGAGAAAGUUGCUGGAGGACAAGCGCCGGCAUGCUCGAGAGGACAUUCUCAGGAAUGAGUGGGGAGAAGAUCUCAAUCUUGUGGACGAUGCCAAGACUAAAGCGAAGCAAGGAGCGAGAGGUACGCAGAAGCUGAGGCAUGUUGCUUCACGACACGACAGCUCUCACUCCCUGUUUGCAUGGACCAUUCCUUACAGAAAGCACAGUGGAGGUCAGGCAAGCACAGUUGCGUCCUCUGCUUCAGAACUGGACUGUGAGCUAGUGAGCAAUGAAGAGGCGAGGAUAACCUGCGUGUCGUUCGCUGGGCAUGCUCCUGCUGUCGUACUGGGCGACGAGAACGGUUUCCUUUGCUUGUGGCGAUGGAUCAGAGGCAAGUGGCGAGGGGGAAAGAAGACGAGAGCGCAUGAUAGUGCUGUGAUGGCGUUGGACUGCGUGCUGGUUGAUGUCAUGCGGCCAUUAACGCUCCUCUUCUCCUCCUCUCGUUCCUCCGCCGUCAAAGUUUGGAGGCUGACAGGGGAGGAUGAACUGGUGAUGAGUGCGUGUGUGGAGACGAGACUUUCCUCUCCGUCUCUGUGCAGAAGCUUCCUCUUGUCCAGGAGAGAAGGCGAGGAGGUGCGGGUGGUCUUGGCUGUUUCUUCCCGUGCCGGCGAGACCAAGCUCUUCCUGUCUACUGCUGCCCAAGAGGACACGUCGAAUGUGGCCGACGAUUCAACGAUGACGGAAAGAUUGCAGGAAGGAGGAGGAGGAGGGCUGAAGUGGUGGAGGGAGAUGGGAGAGUUGCAAGGACACAAGUCGAAGAUUGUCUUCUUGGAUAUCUUCUACUUUCAUCAGUAUCACGACAACAAGCGCAACAUCAGCAGCAGCAUCAAGUACACCAGCACCGACAACAAGAGUAAUAAGGGCAUCAUCACCGCAUCUCUCGAUGGGAAAGUGAGGAUCUGGUCGUUGACGGUGAGUGAAGACUCACUCCUAGAGUAUCGAUGGGACUGUCUGUCCUGUCUUGACGGAAUUGUCAACACGAGCAUGCAACCUCAGCCGUUCUGCACGUCGGAAGUUCUUCCUGGCGUUCUUGUGGCAGGAGAAAGAUCGCACGUACAAGUGUGGGGCCUGAAACUGGCGCAGGAAGGGGACAAAGGCUUAACGGUGUCGAUGAAGAAGCUUGACGAGAAGCAGGAGCACGUCUCCGACGUCUCUGGUCUUGCUGCUCGGACUGACGGCUUUCUCAUACUGUCGAGCGACAACCAUGGCAGUGUCGUUGUGUGGAUGUGGGAAAAGGAGGAGGGGGAGGAGGAGGAAGAAGAGAAGGUUCAGCUUGUGGCUGUUAGGAAGAUGCAGGUUUGCUCUGGGUCAAUCUCCGCCUUGAAGUUCAACCGGGUGUUGUCAAUGGUGUCGAGACUCGUGCUUGUUUGUAACGACAAGCUAGUCAAGGUCUUGGACACGCGACGGGUUGUGGAGGUGAACGAACAUACUCCACUAUUCCUCGUCGACGUCUGGUACCCUGAGAUUGAAUCUUCGCGGGCUCUCAGGGCUGCAAAGAAAGAUGCCCGCUACGUGCAAGGAAGAUGGAAUAAAGAUGCUCAUGUGGAUGAGAAGAAAAGGUUUUACUCGAUGAGAGAAAACUUUUCAAUUGCACUAGAUUCGGAUCUCAACCUUCUGUUUGCAACUGUUGAUGUUCCUGAUGGAGCUAUUCGCAUGUGGUACCAUAACUUCAAGAAGAACAAGAUCAAAUACUCCCAAGAUUCUUCAGUCUGCUGCAUGACCGUCGCCAAGACGUCGAGGAACAUUUUCCUUGUGAUCGGUACAAUUGACGGGACAAUCAAGUUGGUCGACACGUCGUCCACGUCACCGGCGAUGAACAUGAGAGGAGUCAACCUGAAGAGAGCGGGGGCAGGCAGGGCACAUGACGCCAAGAUAACGACCCUCCAGGCGUCACAAGAUCAGCCUCUGCUUCUCUCUGCGUCUCUCGACGGGAACAUCAUCCUAUGGGACCUUGACAGUCAGCUGUUAAGACUUCACUUCACCUUCCACCAGGACAUCCGCCUCGCCUCCUUCUCCUCCUCCUCUCUCUACUGCGCCUUUUCUUCUUCUCCUCCUGCUGACGAACAUGUCUUGCAUGUCGAGAAGAUCCACGUGUACAACCUCAAGCAUGGAACACAAGUUUGCUCGCCCCUAACAAGACACGCCUCUCGUGUCUCCUGCCUCUCGUUGGAUCCUCGCGCUGGUCGCUCUCUCGCCUCCUGCGCUGUUGGCGAUCACGCCGUCACUGUCGUGCACCUUGAGGGCAUGGACGAGGAUGGUCGCGACCUGCCGGACGUGCAACUGGAGGGUCACGAGCAAGACGUUACUCAGAUCCUUCAUGAUUGCACUGGCUGCCUCUUGUUCAGCUCUAGUCUAGACGGGGAUGUACGAAUGUGGGACCCGCGCACGGGAGUGUGUCUAGCGGUCCUGCGGGGGAAGGGACAAGCUGUCUUUAAUGUCGCACUCAGCCUUGCGAGAGGAUCUUCAACAUCUUCAUCGUCUCAUCGGAUGCUGGCUGCAGUUGCGUCCUCCGGAGAGAUCAAUGUCUGGGAUGUGGAGAAGAGAGCAUGUUACGCUGUUUGCACGCUGAAAGAUUUUUUGACGAAGCAGAUGGAGGGAAGGAGAUCGAAGCUUUGCAACGAUCUCCUCGGUCAUGCUUGGUAUGACGAGCACGGACAAGUUACCUCCUCUCCCCCUCACGGCUUGGACUCUCCUACCUCCUCUGCUGUGGCCGCAUGGAUGCCCUACAGCCAUGGUAGAAGGCUUGCUUCUCUGCUCUUGCGCGUCAGCUUGAGCGAUCCGCUGGUGGAGUGGGAGCGAGGGCGGCAUAGGAGGAAGUUGAUGAUACAGAAGAGGAAGGUGGAGCAGGAGCAGGAGCAGGCGAGGCUUCCCAAGUCAAAGCAGAAGCUGAUGCGUUUCAAGGGGAGGAGGAAGGAGGAGGAGGAGGCCGCGCUGUUGGAUCCUCUCUCAUUGGAGCAGAGCGUGAAACAACGGCAGCAGGCGGUUGUCCACCUCCUCUCGCAUCUCCGACUCUCCUCCCCUGGUCACCUGGGAGCUAAAGUCGCACUGGUUCGCCUGCUACAGGCUGAGGACGAGACGCUGCGAUCGUUGGGCGCGUUGGGUCUGGGCCUGCUGGGUAACAAGACGGAGGAAGAAGAGCUGAGAAAGAGGUUCGAGCAGUGGCUCUCUGAUGCGAGACGAGGGAGCGGAGGGGGAGAGGAGGAGGAGGAGGAGGAGCAUGGGGGAGGGUUGGCUACUAAACAGGGGGAAGGAGAUGAUUCAGCUGCGAGGAGGAAAGAACAGCUGCUUGCAUACUGGCAGAAAUGUGACGGGGAGACGAAGAAACUUGGUGAAGAGGAAAACAAGUGCGAGGAGAGCUACAAGAAAAUAAUCGAGACGAGCAAGGCAAAGCACGAGAUAGAAACAUUGCUGUCGGACCGUGCAGAUGCAGGAGGAGGAGGAAGAGGAGGAGGAGAUUUUACACAGGAGAGUCUAAGGGUGGAGCAGCACAAGAAGAUGAUGAUGAUGGAAGAGACGUUGGCAGAACUGGACGCGCAGCUCCUGCAACUUCUCUCCUCCUACCUCGAGUUGCAACGUCAGCAUUCGGCUCUCGUCGACGAGGCAGCCAUCCGUUGCAUCGCCCUCAUGCUCCAAGACAAGUCGCCUGCCGUCGUCAAGUGCGCCAUCUGCUCCCUCGGCUUUCUCUGCCCGCCAGGGAUCCCCUCCAUCAUCCGUCUUGUCCUCCCCUCGCUCUCCCAUCCCCAUGAUGAGAUUCGUGAUUUUGCGGCGUUGUGCAUCGGGAACCUUUCAAGAGGAGCGAGCGACAGCCUCGUCCUCCUGCUGCAUGUCGUUGAGGCUCCGAACGUUAGCAAGGACGCCAUCCUCUCCGCGUUGAAAGCUGCAACGUUUGUGCUCAGGUGA